ACUUGACGACAAAAAUGUCAAACUCAAAAAUAUGGUUUCUCGUUUCUUCCUCGACUGCUUUCGCGGACUUCUACAGUGAAAAGUGAUGUUUUGUAAAUGAUAAAUCAUGAAAAAUGGAUAAAAGAAGUGAUCAAAUCCUAGGAUUUUCAACUAAGGAAGCAUUACAAAAGUUAAAGAACGAUAUUUCUGUGGUAAUCAAUGAACAUCAACAGAAAAACUCACUGGGAUAUGGAAUUCUGAGAGAAGUGGUGUCUUUUUCUUCUGAUAAAGUACUGGUUUCCGGCGUUACAUACAUCUUAACAUUUGUUUACAUCUUAUGUUUGUUGAUAACAUAUUUUAUUGGUGAAUCAGUCCAGUCUCAUCCAGUUUUGCUAUUCGAAGCUCUGUUCCUAUUUAUAUUAUUAGUUAUCAAUUUCCUACUAGCCUUAAAUGAAGAAUAUUUAUACAGAAAUGAGAUACCCCUACGGGCAAAGAAAGUUUUAGAAACCCUUGAUAAUGCAACUGAGAGCUCAGUGUGGAAGACAGAGCACUACCCUCACCUGUGCGCUCCAUUCUCACCAUGUGUUACACUGCAGUGGACUUACAGAGAUGGCACCAUAGUGAACCUGCCAUGGGCUCUGCUAGUGGAGGGGGACGUGGUGGUGCUGCGGCCCGGGCAGGAGGUGCCGGGGCGCUGCCGCGAGCUGCCGCCCGGCGAGGAGGAGCUGGACGCCCCGCAGACCUUCCAGCCAAAUACACAGAAGAAGGAGAGCUUCAGCAAGCCGCGCGUGCGCACGCCGCUGCAGAACCGCGCCUUCCGCAUGCUCGAGACGCCGUGUCUGCGCAACCUGCAAGUGGCUCUAGAGAAGGCCACAUCGAGACCGUUGAGUGUGUUUGAGAAGCGACGCUAUCUGUGCACAAUAAAGCUGGUCGAGGGCAUAAUCCUCCCAUUGGUGAUCUGCAUCGUGGUGACGAGCAUGGUCGCGCGGCAGUGGGCGGGGCUCGGCGGCUCGCUCGCUGAUUGGCUGCUGCUGCCGGUGGUCUCCACCUAUCCGCUGUCGCUGCUAACGUUUUGCGUCGCUUGGCACGCGCUCAGGUGCUAUGGACUCGCUAGGUUCAAGCUAAUAUCAUCCAUACGCACUCAAUACGAGCACAAGUCGUCCAUAUCUGAAGAGGGCAGCGAGCCCCUACUCCGAGCUCUGAGCAGUACGGACCUCAAGCCCGAGUGCCUCAAGUCGCUCGCUACAACGUUUGUGAAUAUACUGCUGGGAAGGGAGGAUAUGGUGUGCCGGACUGCUAAUAUUGUGCAAGUGCUUGGGUCUAUAUCGGCCCUAUGCUGCAUAGACAAGAAAGGCAUCCUCUCCUGGCCGAACCCUACAGCAGAAAAGGUCUUCUUCCUCCGCAACUCUUCACCAGCUUCACCUAGUUCCAGUAACACCAGCUUGGGCGGGUCCAUGGGGCGCGGCGACUCCACGCCCGAGCCGAGCGAGCGCCCGCACGAGCCCACCACGGUCGCUGAGGUACUAGACCUGACCCACGACCAAAACGCACCCUUCUGCGUGGAGUUCGACGACCAACGUUGGCGCCAGCACCUGACGCGGCUCAAGCCGCUGGGGCUGGCCGCCGUGCUCAACACGUGCGCGCCGCAGCCGAGGCACACGUACGCGCACUUCUGCGCGCACCUCACGUGCGAGGCGCAGCUCAGUGAAGACCUGGUCCCGGUGACGAACCGGCGCUGCCUGUGCGAGCUGGCCAAGCAGAUCGGCUUCACGGACGCCGUGGCCGAGAACUACGGCGUCGCCGACUGCCUCGCCGUGUUCAGGCAUUUGCAAGCGGACACGAUCCGUCGCGAGACCCGCUUCGUGCGCUCGCUGCAGCUGAGCUCGCGCGUGAAGGUGCCGCUGCCGCACAUGCUGGCCGUGAUCGUGCGCGCCCAGCCCGAGCGCCUGCAGAUGCUCACCCAGGGCACAGCGGACAUAAUCCUGGACUCGUGCGUGGACUACUGGGACGGGCGCGACCUCACGCCGCUCUCCGCCGCCGACCGCAAGAAGAUCAUCGACUUCUACCAGCGGAACUCGCUCACGGCCUACUGUACUGCCUUCGCUUACAAACCCCUAAACCGCGGCAUAUCUCCUCAACUCUCCCAAAUGUACCUGGAGCUGCCAGCAGACAGUCGGCCUUUAUACGCACCACUAUCACAACAGUGGAGGGACACCCCUGCCCUGCACUUCCACUCUACAGAUUCGCUUCUGUUUAAUGAAGUGAACGACGAAGAUGUGGACGAUGUUGAGGGAUACUUCGACUUGCAGUGCAAUCAGGUAUUCAUAGGCAUGGUCACCAUGCAGUACCAGGCACAAAGCGACAUGGUGGAACUAAUAGAGCGUCUAGAACGCGCCUGCAUACGUUUCGUGCACUUCAGUAAAGAAAACGAGCUGAGGUCCCGAGUCUUCAGCGAGAAGAUGGGACUUGAGUCAGGGUGGAACUGUCACAUAUCGCUCAUGAGCGAUGAUGAGCCUAAAAGCGGGUCGCCGCCGCCGGGUCGCGAGGCGCCGGCGAGGCAGCGCGCGGCCACUAACCCGCCACUCACUAACCGGCUUCCGUAUGUCAAUAGUUCUAAUAACAUGGAGAAAUCUAAAGCGUUGUCGAUGUCGGCCCCGGGCGCUAUCAACGUGGACUCUACCACGGUGAAGUUCCACAACGAGGUGUCCAAGCCGAGGCAUUCUAUCACUACUGCUAGCACUCUUAAGUACCGCAACAGCGUGACGACAGAGACGCAACAAUCAGCGGACUCGCUCCUGCAAGGUUCAGAGGUGGACGACAGUCCCAUGGACGCGUGCCGGUCGCUGUCCUGUCUCACUGACUCCACCGACCACUCCGCGCCUGUGAACUUUGAUAUGAGCAAUCGGGCGAAACUCCCCCGCGGCAUCGAGAACAUCCGCCCGCACAUCGCUCAAGUCGACAACGUGCCUCUCCUCGUCUCCCUGUUCACGGACUGCACCGCGCGCAGCGUGCGCCUCAUGACGGAGAUCAUGCAGGAGUGUGGCGAGGUGGUGGUCAUCAUGGGCUCCCCGGCCAACGCGAGCAACAUGCGCGCCUUCAUGCAGGCCGACGCGAGCAUAGCGGUAGAGCCCCUGUACCCGGUGCUGUGUCAGAAGAUGCCUCCCUAUGAAGUGCCCACCAAGUGCAUCGGGCCCAUCGACCUGGCGCGCGCGCUCAACUCCAUACCCUGUUCCCUUUCGCUUCAGAAUAAGUGGCAAGGACAGCCUUACUGCAAUGCAAAUUACUGCAGUAAAUCGAUGACGCGCGACGCGGACGUGUCUCUGUUCGCGCUCAUCACCAUGUCCCGUCACUUCAUGAUGUGCGCGUGGAACUGCGUGCAGUUCUGGCUGUGCGCCGUGUGCUUCCUCACGCUCAUACAGGUGGGCUCCCUCUGCUCUGCGCUUCCCCCGGCGCUGGGCGCGGGCGGCGCGCUGGCGCUCCCCGCGGCCGCCACGGCGCUGGCCGCCAGCCUCGCCUUCCCGCCCACGGACCCCGCCGUCAUGCAGCGGCCCAAGGAGCCCGCCUACUCCGCUGUCAAUAUACGAAUGGCGCUGUUCAUAUUCUGGUGCUACGGCUGCAAAUUCAUCCCGGCGGUCAUCUCGAUCAUCGUGCUCUACUGGCGAACAUUGCGCGCUGUCUGCGAGCAGGUCUCACUAGCAACCAACGCGACCCAGUGCUGGAUAGUGUACCCUGUGAAUGUGGGCAACUACUCGUCCGAGCUUGACCUGAGUACGAGGAGCCUGCACGGCUGGGGCGAUGACUUCUAUGACGGGUACUACCUGGUUCAACAUAUCGUUAUGGCGCUUACUACUGUGCAUUUAAUUGUGAUAUCACUGUCGUUCGUGCAUCGACAAUCUUCCAUAUGGCAGAAGAGUUUCUGGUCUAACAAAGUGUGGUGUAUUACUGUGGUUGUUAUCUUGAUCCUCCAAAGCAUCUCAAGCUUGUCCUGGCUGAGCUCUAGCCACGGCGAGUGCGCGCGCUGGCGCGUGUGCGGGCGCCGCUACUCCGUGCCCUGGGCGCUGCUGGUCGCCUACUGCGCCUCGCCGAUUGUGGUCUUCGGGCUGAACGAGUUCAUCAAGUGGCAGGAGAUCAAAGCCGAUAUAAGGAAUCAGCGCCGCGCCAGAUUAGACUUCGGCACGAAACUUGGCAUGAACUCGCCAUUUUAAAGGGUUACAAUACAUUAUUGUAAGGUAUUAGCGCUUACUUUAACUAGUCAAUUACGCUUUAGUAGAAACCAAAUUAUUUUCUAAUUGUUAUUCGACUAACAGUUUGCCUACAUGACUUAUCUAUUUAAUUUUAAGGGAAAAUGUUUUUUACAUCGUACAUAUUUGUUUACGUACCAAUGAUGUGCUAUUUUUAUGAACUUACUCAAUUUCUACUGUGCCUAUGUAACUUGUUUUUGACGAAUUUAUUUUUCAAUAAAUGGUGUAAACUA